UGAAUGCGCACCCUCUUCAUCUCUCACCUCGGUUUGACCCCUAGGUCAGCGACAUUCCCGAUGGAGGUCGGCGUGAGAGCUGCUCUGGGACUCUCCCUAACCAGUAUGUCUGGCCUCAGCCUCGUCUCCCCUGCCUGGUUCCAGACCCCUUCCUCUUCCUAUGGUGUCUUUACCUACUGCUCCUGGCCACAGGGUGACCGUUGGAACCAGAGCUGUGUGACCUUUGGGUCCCUGAAGGACAUGCCCAGCUUGCCCUGGAAGGUCUCAGCUGCAAUGCUCCUGGGAGGCUGGCUUUUGCUGUCCAUCAGCGCUCUUCUCCCCUGGCCUUAUGCCACAGUAAACUCGGCCUCCAUGCUUGUAGGUCUGCUGGUUUUUCCAGCCACUCUGGCUUCCCCGUUCGCCAAAGAAGUCUGUGAAGGCUCCUCCAUGUAUCACAGUGGAGCAUGCCGGCUGAGCUGGGGCUAUGCCACUGCCAUCCUCAACGCAGUCCUGACCAGCCUGCUUGCCAUCAGGUGGCAAGUGACCACGGUCCAGAGGACAGCCGUCCCCUUCUCCAAUGACACUCAGAGAGUCAUCCUUCUGCCAGAAUAA